AUGUCUAAUUUGGCUAUAUCGUAUGCCAAUCUCGGUCGGCAUAAAGAGGCUGAGUCAAUUGCGCACCAACUAGUCGAUCUUGGAGAAAGGGAAUUAUCUCCAGCCGAUACCUCGCUGUUAAACUGGAAACUUAUUCUGGCAUCGACAUACCGAGACCAGGGGAGGCUAGACUCCGCUGAAAAGUUAGAACGGGAGGUUGUCGAUGUUAGUCGGGAGGAACUUGGGACAAAUAAUCCCUUCACCUUGACCGCUAUGGCCAACCUUGCAUCCACAUUCCGCGAGCAAGGCCAAUGGACGGAUGCUGAGCGCCUUGAAAUAAUAGUCGUGGCUAGCAGCGAGACCGUGCUCGGCGAAACACACCCCCAAACCUUGAUGUCCAUCAGUAACCUUGCCUCAACAUAUCGCAAUCUGGGUCGGCUCGAAGAAGCCAAAGAUCUUGGGGGGAAAGCAACGGCUGUGAUGAAAGAGGUCCUCGGGGAGCGUCAUCCACACACACUGGUUGCCAUGGCGGACCUUGCAGUGACAUAUCAAAUGAUGAGGCAAUCACCAGAUGCCGAGAUCCUAGCAGCCCAGUCUGUGCGCCUGAUGGAAGAGACCAUAGGCAAAGACCACCCGUACACACUUAGCGCAAUGGCCAAUCUGAGCUUAAUAUACCAGUCGCAAAGCAAGUGGGAGGUCGCCGGUGGAAUGGCCCAAACGUUACAUUCUCGCAGGGAAAAGGCAUUUGGGACGGACCACCCAGAUACGGUGGCGGCGCUGGAGGAUUUGAGGAGAGUAGCGUGGGUAGAGGCGGCGGAUCAGAAUGCUCAGCGUACGUUGAAUUAG